CGCACGGUCCCCACGUAAAAUACAGCGUAGAUCGCGCCCGAAUUCCCGAAAAAAAAAUAACACUACAAAACUCCGAGGUGACAAACAAGUGACAAACAAUUCGCCAAUAUCCGUGAUUCCUGCGGCCUCGGUUCGCCCCAAUUCGGGGGUUACCAUCGCCAAAUAAUAAAACGUGGAAUUAAACCCAUUUACAUAGGUUUUUGAAGCUCGCCGCCGAGGCGCCGUUUCGUGUAUGUAAUACAUACAUAUAUAUGUACAACCAAUAAAACGAUUGGAAAAAAAAGAAAUCCGUGAAGUGAAGUGCAGGGGGGAGCCGAAAGUAACGAGUCAUCAGGCGGUACAAGAUGGCAGAGGGACAGGACAGUCCGAAGAAAAUAACGAUUUUUAUUAAAACACCCAAGGAGAAACAGACGAUCGAGAUUGAGGAGAAUGCCUCGAUCAAGGACUUCAAGGAGGCGGUGUCGAAGAAGUUCAACGCCCAGCCCGAACAGUUGUGCCUGAUUUUCGCGGGGAAAAUCAUGAAGGAUCAUGAGACACUUGGGACACACAAUGUUAAGGAUGGGUUGACAGUGCAUUUGGUGGUCAAGGCCCUGAGAUCACAGCAGCCCAACAACCAGGAGGCGUCUCAGCAACCACCGUCGAGGCCUGCAGCUGAUAUAGGUGCCAGUCCAUUUGGUUUGGGUGGUCUCGGUGGUCUAGCUGGAUUAGAAAAUCUCGGUCUGGGUUCAGCAAACUUCGUUGACCUCCAGCAACGCAUGCAGCGUGAAUUACUCUCAAAUCCAGAAACAAUGCGUCAAGUUUUUGAUAAUCCACUGGUGCAGAGUCUCAUGGAUAAUCCUGACAAUGUUCGCAUGCUCGUCUCGGCUAAUCCACAGAUGCAAGAGCUCAUGCAGCGUAAUCCAGAAAUCAGUCACAUGUUAAAUAAUCCAGAAUUAUUGAGACAAACAAUGGAGCUAGCUCGCAACCCCUCAAUGCUCCAAGAGCUGAUGCGUUCCCACGACCGAGCGCUCUCCAAUCUAGAAUCGAUUCCCGGUGGUCACAGUGCCCUUCGUCGCAUGUACCGAGACAUUCAAGAGCCAAUGCUGGCGGCUGUAACAAACGAGCGCAACCCCUUCGCAGCAUUAAUCGAGAACGCCUCAGAGCCGGCGACAAAUCCCCAACAGGGCCAGGAGAACCGAGAUCCCCUCCCCAACCCCUGGAAUCCGAAUUCAGAUUCUCCAGCCUCAGGAGCUGCCCCGAGAGCUGCCCCAGGCGGUCUGGGAGGACUCGGCAGCCUGGGAGGCCUAGGAGGGCUGGGUGGACCAGGUCGAGGUCUCCUGGACUCCCCAGGGAUGCAGAGCCUUGCUGCCCAGAUGAUGGAAAAUCCCCAGCUCAUGCGAAAUAUGCUGGUGGCCCCCUACACAAGAUCAAUCCUGGAAGCAAUGGCUGAUGAUCCAGCAAUAGCCGAAGGUGUUUUAGCUUCAAACCCCUUCUUCAGAUCCAAUCCACAGAUGCAGGAGCAGAUGAGAUCAAUGCUGCCGGCCUUCAUCCAACAGAUGCAGAACCCACAGAUCCAAAGUGUCGUUACAAAUCCAGACGCAUUGGCAGCGAUAAUGCAGAUUCAACAGGGAAUGGAGCAAUUACGCACUGUAGCCCCUGAUUUCGUGGGCACCAUGGGCCUAGGCAAUCAAACAGCCCCCACAAUACCCACAGGUGGUGCAACAGCAACGCCAACUACUCCAUCAACAGGAACUGAAACAGGUGCCACAGGGGCAGCAACAAAUCCAUCAAAUCCAGCGGAUCCAGUUAGAGAAUCAAAUGAUUUUUUCUCACAAUUUAUGGCUAGAAUGGUAUCAUCAAUGGCACUCAAUCAGGGUGGUGAGGGUAAUGGUGCUGUACCACCUGAGGAACGCUACAGGGCACAGUUGGAACAGCUGACUGCCAUGGGUUUUCUCAAUCGUGAUGCUAAUCUACAAGCGCUCAUUGCUACGUUUGGAGAUAUAAAUGCUGCGGUUGAGAGACUACUCGCUAAUGGACAAGUUUCUAUGAGCUAACCGUGUUUAUUUCAUACUGUAAGGGGGGUACUGGGGGUUUAUUGAUUGAUCGAGGGGUGGAGUGAAAUCGUUGAUGAUUAUUGUUUUCUCGAUUAUCUGGAUUGGAUUGUAUUGGAGGAGGGAUUACACUAAAAUGUGAACAUCUCACGACACGUACGAAAAAAUUCUAGAGGAAUUCACUUCAUUACUUCAUUUGUAUUCGAAUUCUUUUAGAAAAUUUCAGUGAAUAAUUCCGCAGCUUUUUUCACACGUUUUGUUCCAUAGAAACAAAUUAGAUUUUUAUUUUUCUAUACAAUUUACUCGGGUGAGAUAUCUCUAUGGAAAUCAUUUCAAUGCAGUGAGGUGUAUAGACAGAUGACAAUCUUCUAAUUUUUUCUAUGAAAUAGUGAACAUUCUUUUUGGAAAAUCUGAUGAAAAGCUGUGAAAUUUCGGAAUAUAAGCAGUAAUAAUACCACGAGACCUGCAAAAUUAUCGGAUAUUUCCCGAUUGUUUUGUUGCGUUGCAACGAGAGGGAGAAGUUUUG